AUGACAACUGGCCAAAGUGGGCACGAUCAUUCUCUCGCUAUCAGACAGGAAAUACAACGUUUCGAGAGCGUUCACCCGUCGAUAUACGCCAUUUACGACCUGAUAGAGCUCGUGCCCGACGCGCACAUCGCCAAGCAAAUUCGCGAGCAUGUUGUCGCGAUAGAGGAUUCCUUUGUCAAUAGCCAUGAAUGGACCCUGGCGAGAGAUGUCCCUGAAUUGCACCUGGGGAUCAUCGGUUCCUCAGACUCGGGCAAGUCCGCUCUCGUUCACAGGUACCUCACUGGUUCCUUCAUGCAUGAGGAAUCGCCGGAAGGUGGCCGCUUUAAAAAGGAAAUAUUCAUAAAUGAUCAGAGUUACCUUCUCCUGAUCAGAGACGAGGGUGGUGUGCCAGAGGCUCAAUUUUCAGCUUGGAUAGAUGCUUUAUUACUUGUAUUCAGCUUAGAAAAUGAAGAGAGUUUCUCCAUAGUUUGCAGUUUUUACAAUAGAAUGUGUUCGUUCCGAAACAUGUCAGAAGUACCAAAAAUACUUGUAGGCGUACAAGAUUCGAUUAACGACAGCAAUCCUCGUGUCAUAAAAGACGUCAGACCACGGAAACUGGCUUGUGAUUUAAAAUGCCCUUAUUACGAAACAUGUGCUAUUUAUGGUUUAAAUGUUGAGAGAGUAUUUCAAGAUGUGUGUCAAAAAAUUAUACAAAACGUAUCAAAGAAUUUUUCAUGCGACGUGUGCCAACGUGCUACGGAGAAUGACGUUAAAUUUGCGGUCCCUGCUGUUACUAAAAACGUGCAACUUCAUAACAAGGAUACGGAGACCACGAAUUCGUUGAAAGUUUCAGAAAAGGACGAGGAUUGUCGAUCAAUUCAUAAUAGUUCUAUGACAAACGAUUCGUCGUUGCUGAACGAUAACUUUCAUAACGUACAGAAUCAACAUGGAGAAUUACGUUCAAUCUUAACACCAACAACUAUCAGGAAAUUUAGAAGAAAAUCGAAUAUAUUUACGCCUUCUAAAAAGGAAAAAUAUAUGGGUGAAAUGGGUGUCGGUAGAGAAAUACCAGUGAAACAAGGUUAUCUGUUUAAACGAAGCAGCAAAUCGUUGAAAGAAUGGAAGAAGAAAUACGUCACGUUAUUAGAGGAUGGCCGUUUAACGUAUCAUUCGAGCUUGCACGAUUACAUGAACGAUACUAAUGGCAAAGAAAUACUUUUGCAAUACGUUACUGUUAAGGUACCUGGCAAAACGCCAAAAGGCUCUAAAUCAUAUAAUGCCCAAGAAGAUAGUUUUGAAUUUUCCAUCAUCUCCUUGGAGAACAAAACUUGGCACUUUGAGGCAAACAAUACCGAAGAGAGGGACAGCUGGAUUACUGCGAUAGAGCAACAAAUACUGUCGAGCUUGCAGAAUAGCGACGGCGACAAGAAGAAUGAAACUGACGCUUUCAAGAUGCACUGCAUAAAGAACAAAGUUUCGGGGAAUGACGCAUGCGUUGAUUGCGGUGCGCCGAAUCCCGAUUGGGCCAGCCUUAAUCUAGGCGUUUUGGUGUGCAUUGAAUGCUCCGGUAUUCACAGAAACUUAGGUUCGCACAUAUCUAAGGUACGGUCUUUGGAUUUGGAUGACUGGUCCGCAGGUCACCUAAGCGUCAUGCUGGCCCUUGGUAACGAUAUAGCGAACAGCAUCUGGGAAUAUUGUUUAAAUGGGAAGCAAAAACCCGUCUCGGAUUCGUCGAGGGAAGAGAAAGAGCAGUGGAUCAGAUGGAAGUACGAGGAUAAACUCUUCCUGCCGCCGAUCAACCCGAACAUCUCUUUAGGAAAAUUGCUCAUCGAUUCGGUUUGCCGGGGAGACAUGAGAGCCUUUACGUUAUGUUUGGCCCGCUGUAAUUACGAGGAUAUCAAUAUCUCGGUCAGCACGGAAGAUCUGCGAACGCCGUUACAUCUGGCCUGCGCGACCGGGAAUUUGGCGAUGGCGCAACUUUUAAUAUGGCAUAAAGCGAAUCCACAAAAUCUGGAUCACGAGGGACGGACAUGCAUGUCGUACGUGCGUGCUUUGGAAAGAACGCUCGAUAAUUCGUCUGACUCUAUGGAGAUGCAGAAGCUACUCGAGGUACUGGAGCAGGCCAGUGUCUCCGGGAUGGACGACGUAGACACAUCGCAGUAUUAAAGUUAAAAAAAAAAAAGAUAUGCCUUAAUCACCCUGCCUGCAUUUUUCGUAAUACGUUGUUGAUACUGUGUACUUACUAUGAAAACUCAAUGCUUUGUUUAGCGACUCACGAGAAAGAAAAGCUUUUAAAUGACAUUUGUCCUAGAUAACCACCGAAGCACAUUGAAAUUGGAUUGUAGUAACGUUCAACUACCGUAGUAUUAAUUGUGUAUCCUGUAAAAAGUUUUUAUCGCGUGUGACGAACUCAUUUUAAUAUCGAUUACGAAAUUCACCUCGAAUUGAACGAGGAAUUUUAAAUGCAAUAUACUUUUGUACAUUGAGAAUAAUCCUUUAAAAGAAAAAAAAAUAUAUGUACUUUUCACAGUACGAUAAUUUAAUAAGAUUUGUGUCGAUCGCGGAGAAUGAUUAAUAGCAUGCUCGAGUGUAUAUUGUCAAUGACUGAGAGUACAAACACUCAUAAAUGUAGUUAUAUUUAUACAUCUAAUACAUGUAACUGUAUUUGAAGAUUUAUGAGAUUGCUUUUAUAACUUUUAUUUUAUUAAUUAUUAAACGUUCAAUUACAUCA